CGGGAGGGACACAGAGGAGGAGAUGGAGGACAGCAGACGGUCGUUUCAGCUAAACGUCUUUUCUCAGGCAAUAUGGUGUGUGUGCCUGUGAUUCUCCUGCUGGAGUUUAAUGAUAUUAUGGGAUUACAGUCCUGCGCCUCUAAAGCCGGUAAUAUUUACUACACUGCCGCUCCGAUUGACGGGACCGAAAUACAGUUCAGGGAAUCACAGAAAUAUGAAUUAACUGGAGGUUUCUUACUUGUUGCACGAUAGAAAGGAGGGAGCGUCCAUUUUGCAGGGAGUGGAUGAAUUAUCUGGACUUUUGAUGCGUUUCUUUGGAGUUUAACACAUGGAAAGAUGAACGUCGAGCGAGUGGAAACGAGGAAAACUUUAUUCCAGUGAAUCAGGAAUUCAGUCAUCCCACAAAAUAAGGACUCCCUGGAGAAAACUUGUCUUUGAUCAGUAAAACAAUACUGUUUCAUCAAGAACUGCAUGGUUAUGUCUCUGUCGGCUCUACCGGAAUGGAAGCAGCUGCUACUGGAGCGAAAGCGAAGAGAGGAGGAGGACAGAGAGAGACGAGAGCGGGAGGAAGAGGAGAGGCUGGCCAGCAUGCCGGCCUGGAAGCGAGGGAUCAUCCAGAGAAGGAGGGCGAAGCAGGAUGAGGAACGAGAGAGGGAGAAAGAGAGAGAUGGAGGACAGCAUACUCCGGAUGUCCUGGGAAUCACGGAGGACAUCGUCACAGAGCAAAUGGACAGUAAACUCGCACAUCACCUCCAGAGUGACCAAACUGGGCACAAAGUGCAAAAGCAGAUAUCCAAAGACACCAUCAGCCCCAUCCAACAGAACCCCUUCAUCCGUUCCGAGAACAGCUUUAGGAGAGAUAAAAGAGGGAAGGAGGUGAUUAGAGAUGGAGAGAAUGAGUAUAAAAAGACCACCAAUAAUAAAGAGAGAGAAAGGAAUAGGGAAACUGAGAGGGAGAUUUGGAGAGGACGAGAUAGAGAGAUGUGGGUAGAGAAGAUGGGAAACAAAAACGAGGGACGAGAGCGAGACCGAAGCACUGGGAGAGAAAGCAAAGAGGCAGACAGUAGCAAAUCCCCAUUUUCUCCGGUCAUAGGUCUUCGCACGAUCCAGGCAAACAACAUUAUCAUCAUUGAAAAAGAGAAAAAUUGUAAGGAAAAACUGGAUAGGAGGAAUAAGGAUGUUGAUGAGGAAGAAAAGAGGAUGAGGAUGGAUUUUAGAGAGUUUCUGGCUUGCGGAGGAAGCGUGACGGAGAUUAGGGCGUCGGAAGUAUUGAUCAUCAAGCCGCCCGUGACGGAAGGGAAAAGGGAAACAGAGAUGCCAGAGAGAGGGAGCAGUGAAGAACGUUUAGAUAGAGAAGGGAUAUGGUCCUCCAUGCACCUGAUGUCGAGGAAGGUCAUGCAAAGAGCAGAGAGAGUCCUGAACCACAAGGACAGGCGAACUCCAGAAUGUAGUGGCCGGGUUAGUCAGCUGCUUAGUAAGUUUGGCGAACACCCCAAACCUCCGAUGCGCUCCAAGAGCACGGAGUGCUUCAACCGACCGGGCAAUAGUCAGACCAGAUACAGCACAGGAGACCUGUUUGUGCAAGAGGAUCAGAGCACAGAGGAGACGGACACGAGUCCGACAUUAAGGGGUGUUCCCAAACGCUCCUUUAGCUUCUCUGACCGUGUGGUUUGCCAACAGGAGAACAGUGAGGAAAAGACAGACUUUAAGGUGAUGGAGAGGACAUACUCUGACCGCAGGGUCAAGUCACAGGGAACAUCGGAGAGCCAUUCGAGGGUCACCAGGCGAUGGGGCCGACCCAAACAUGAUGAGGUGAUGCACGAAAAGAGACAAAAAGAACGAAGAGUAGAAAAUAAGAAUGACUCUGUUUGUGGAGAGACAGAGGAACGGACUUCAAGUGUAGACGGAGAAGAGGGCUUCACUCUGGCCUCCGUCAGAAACCCAGAAGGGGUCGCAUUUGCACGACGAAUUCCUAUCAAACAAGAUGGGAGGGAGAGCAGUUCAGAAAGAGAGAUCAAGAGAGAGGAGAAUGAGAGAGAAAUUAAGAUAGAUAAAGAGAAACAUAAAGAGAAGAGGCGGGAGGAAGAGAUAAUGGUAAGACAGACAACGGAAGCAAAAACAGAAUCCGAAAGGAGAUGGAAUCAGGAUGAGGUAACCGUCGGAGCUUCAAUACAAUCCCAUGCUGCAUAUAUCCCAUCCUCAGAUGACCGUAUUAUAGAUUUCUCUGCAGACGUUCGGUGCCAAUGUGUAGAUGCCAGCUGCCAGACUACGGCCUAUGUUGAACAAAGACAACCCUCUGGCCAAGAAAAAGUCCAAUCAGACAGAGAACUUAAGAGGACAGGGCAUGUGUUUUCACAUGGUGAAAUGAGUAACCAGGAUCAAGAAGAGCAUCAACAGUAUCAGAAUUUACCAAAACGAGCCACAGAGGAAAUACAUUUUACCUCACAACCCCCACAACACUCUGUUACACUGGGACAGAGCAAACUCUGCACCCAAGAGGGAGUCACCAUCCCCAGGACUGUGUUUUAUGGAGUCGAUAUAUCAGAAGAAAGGAGGGCCAGUCUCCCUGUUGGGGAUGGACAAGAUGGAGGACAAAUGGAGAGGAAAGGGAGCUGGAAGGCUGGGCGACCUCUGACCCGAGUUGAGUCUCUAAAAGAGAGAAUUCGUCAGCGAGAGAAGGAAAGAGAGAAAUCUGGGGAGGAUUGCAAAGAAGUGGCCAGCAGAGAAACAGAAGGAACUGUGAAAGAACAGGAAGAAACCACAUUUCAGUCUGUCAGACUGUUUGACGUCACACAGGACGCUAGCAUGUCAAAGUCAAGCCCUCAACUUCCUGUUCCUGUUUCUCUGUCGCUCUUGCAGUCAGCCUCGACAGAAACAGAAGUCGGGGAGAUCUCUAGAGAAGUAUCCGCGAGCGAUUUCUGCCCCGGGAAAACAGAGAGAGAGACAGAACACCAUGUAGAGGAGUGUGGAACAAGCAACGCUUGGAGAACACAGGACAUUGACGGAGGAGAAGACAAGAAAGAGAGAGAGGAAGAGUUGCUAGAGGAAGAGUAUCUUCCUCCCUCUCUUUCUCCCUCCCCACCACUUUCGGACUCAUUAGACGCCAUGAGCCGUAUAUACAACCUCAAGACGGUGGGCUCCAGGACUGCAGUAUGUAUCAGUGAAAGGACCGCUGAUUUGCCACCACACAGCGGACCUCAGGGCAAGUACAACCCCAUUAGAGAGGCACCAUCACCGGACGUCCUGCCUGAAACGGCAAAACUGUGGAAUCAUGGGAGGGACAGUGAUAAAUCUGAGACGACGGAGUCGACAGGUGUUCAGAUGGUACAGCGCAAGUUGGAACGGCUACAGCUGAGGGAACAGGAAGCAGGAUGUGGUCCCCACAACGACAGAAAGGCACAGACCAGCAUGGAGAGGAGCCCCUUUGUAGAACCGGAGGUUCGUGCAGCCAAGAGACCAGACAUAUUAAGAGAAACACAGAAAUCACAAGAACCUACAAAUCCUAGAUUUCCACAAGCCCAACAGAAAGCCCAAAGGCAACCAAAUAAACCCCAGCAGGUCAGAUCAUUCACAAUCAAUGCCCGGAACACCGAAUCAACAGAACAAAGCUCUCCAUCGUCAUCCUCUCCCUGCACCGCAUCCCCCUCCUCAACUCCAUCUCCACCUCUCUUUUCCAUUAGGAGCGCCUCGGGUGGACCAGGAAAGAGAGGAACUACUAUCACAAUCACCCCUAGAAGACCUGCUGGGGCAGCCUCGACCAAUAGCAUCCCAACAGGGACCCCUGCAACACCCAAAGCAGCCCCACAGGCCAAUAUAAUACCCACGCCUGCUCCCAGCAACACCAAGGCGACAGGGAAGAAGAGGUAUCCUACAGCAGAAGAGAUUGAAGUGAUUGGAGGGUACCAGAACCUCGAGCGGUCAUGCUUAGUGAAGAGCAGAGGGACACCGAAAUCGGUGAAGGUGUGUUUCGAUGACGCUCAGCUGGAGAGAGUUUGUGAGUACCCUUCAGAAGCCUGUGAGCUAGCUUCCCUCCCCUGCUAUCCAGGGCCAGAAGACGGAGGGAGGGAAGAGGGGUGGCGUGGGGGGGAGCAGGAGGCCGAGGGACAGGAGGAAGAUGAGGAGGACGAGAGCGCAGCGUUUGUAUCUCGCAGUGCCAUGAAUGAGAGCACAGGAAGGGUUCGAUUCCUAAAAAUGAAUCCUGUAAACGACUCUCUAAAUGACAAACCAUGGCAUCCUUUAGAUUUAAAAUUAUUUACUUUUGCAGAAGGUGUAAGUAAUGAUCAAUUUUUUAAAAUGUGGUUUUAAAAUUAUUACAAUUUUUUUUUAUUCUUUAGUUUUGCUUGUCCUGUUGGCAAAUCAAAAAUACAUGCACAAUAUUUGAUUUCAGUUUCAUGUUCAGAGAUGAAGAAAAUAAACAUUUGUUUUACGCUGUGCGCAGUUCAAGCCCUGUAAGUGCUGCUCUGAUUCACAGAAUGAUUACUCAGGUCCGAUAUGAUGGUUUGCACAGUUUACAGAGUUUUAUUAUUAAAACCUUUUAAGGACUGAAGGCUGUUCAUUUAUGAAAAUAACUGGAAUAGAUUUUAUUUCUUUUUAUUGCAUUAUCCUGCAUCAAUUUUGAGGGGAUUUAUUUUUAUUUAUGAAUGAAAAUUAAACCCUCAUUCUCUGAUUGUUACAUGUUUAGAGUUGACUCUCUCUUGUGAAAGUAUGAUUAUGAUUAAUAAAGAUUAGAAUUAGUACUUAUAUAUGAUAUCUGUUUUCAUCUUGAGUUUGUAAAAUAGAAUUUUGACAUUGCAUAUAGAAUGUGAGCGAGAGAGAAUUAUCUGUAUUGAUGGGUCACUUGGAUUUUUACAAUGCGAUCAAAUAAAAAUCCAUUUUUUGUAUAUUAUUUGUACUUGAAUACAGGUUUUCAACUUUCCCAUGAAAUGAGGAAGCACCUUUAAAAUAUUAUUAAACAUUUUAGACAAACA